UUUCGUUUUCUUUGCCAUUUGUAUGACGGGCUGCUGUUCUUUAACCUUGUCGGCAUGCCUAAUCUUGUCGUGGAUGACGUGUGCUGUAUCUAACUGUGGCUCGUUACAACAAACUUGUUACAGGGGACGAUGUCAUGAGAAUACAACGUGUGUCUGCGAUGCUGGCUGGAGGGGAAGUCUCUGUAACCAAUGUGGGGGAAGAGUAAGGUUGACAGAACUGAGUGGAUAUAUUACUGACAGCCCAUUGCAAUAUGAGGCGUGGAUGUCCUGCACGUGGAUUAUUGACACUCAAAGAUCUAAUGUGUCAAUUGUGUUGCGAAUUCAUGACUUUGCUACUGAGUGUAUGUGGGAUCAUCUCUAUGUUUUUGAUGGUGAUUCUGUGGAAGCACAAUUGUUGGCUGUGCUUAGUGGUGCUUGGGAAGAAAAUUUAUUGUCUGCUACAGAUAUCACACCAACAUCAACAGAUUUUUCAAAUAACACAUACAAUGAAACUCUAACAAAGAACAGUAGUGCAGCAGCUACACCAUCACUCUUACCAUCACUGUCACCAUCUUCUACACCUCAUUUCAUGCUUAAAAAUUCUCAAAUGUCAUCAACUGUAGCCACUCCAACACAGACGAUUUAUCCAACAGUUGGACUGCCUUACAAGAAUUUUUCAGCAAAUGAAAGUGUCACGCCAACUCCGGUUGUCCUUCCUUCUUCAUCACUUGUGAAUUAUGAUGGCGGAUUGGAAUUGGUGGCUCGCUCAGGAGCUGUUCUCUUAUACUUUUUUAGUGAUGCAGCAUAUGUUGCUGAAGGCUUCAACAUUUCAUACCACAUACUGGAUAAUGACAGAAACUGCUCUGGUAAUGGGGUGUAUGACUAUGACAUUGGCUUAUGUAGCUGUGAAGCAGGUUGGACAGCAUUGGACUGUUCAAUAUCUAUGCAGCUUUGUGACACAAACUGCAGUUAUCAUGGGUUCUGUGACAACACAACAAAUAAAUGUGUAUGUGAGGACGGCUUUACGGGAGUUGACUGUGAUGUGAACAGUGCAGAUGCACACUGGGAAGCAGUUGAGCAGUCACUAAGUGAUGUUACUGCAAGAGCAUCUCAUUCAGCAGUAGUUUAUGAUGACUCUAUGUUUAUAUUUGGAGGAUAUGCGUUUGAAACGGAGAGAUUUGAGAAUUUUAUCAGAUAUGAUUUCAAGUUUUCAAACUGGUCUACUGUUGAACACAACAGCACAGUCCCAGAGCCCGUACAAAGAUAUGGACAUUCUGUGGUUGUCUAUAAGGAUGCCAUGUAUAUGUACGGUGGCUCUAUCAACAAUCGUCCAACUAAUGAAUUCUGGUCUUUCAAUUUUACUUCAAGUCAAUGGAGCUUUAUUUUGCCCGUUGCUGUAGAAAAUGGGACACUGGAGAAACUUAAUGUCUCUCACCACACGGCGACUGUUGUUGAGGACGUGAUGGUUGUCUUAUUUGGAUUGAGUCAUAAAUUUGGAUUGACAGCUGUCGUACAAGAGUAUGAUUUUGAAGCUAACACGUGGCGUCACAUCAACACAGCUGGUGCUGAAGUAAACGGAGCUGCUGGACAUGCAAGUGUAUAUGUUAGAAAUUUGAGAAGAAUCUUUGUGUCUGGUGGGCUCAAAUACACCAACAAUCCUCAGAGAACAACGCCAUCAAGUGAAUUGUUGGCGUAUGAUCUAGCUUUAAAGCAGUGGUCAGUUUUAGAAAGCAGUGGCCUUCCUCGUUACUUUCAUUCAAUGGAAUUGCUAGGGAAUUUGCUUGUUGUAUUUGGAGGAAACAUGCACACAGACUUGACAACAAGCACAGGAACACCCUGCUACUCUGAUGACUUUAUUUCAUUUGAUUUGGGAUGUGGCAAAUGGAGGGAUAUGACUAAAGCUGGCUUGCCUAACUUUGUCAGCAGAAUUGGCCAUUCUUCAGUUGUAUACAACAAUUCCAUGUAUUUAAUGGGAGGAUUUAAUGGAACAAUGCACUCUACUCUUCUCCAUUUUAUUCCAGCGCAAUGUGAGUUACUAAAUCGUGGAGAGUGUAAUAGCUCUGCUGCUGGCUAUGGCUGUGUUUGGCUGUUCAAUGAGUCAAGAUGCAUUACUGCCGACAAAUCCGAGCUGUUCUAUAUAGCCAAUGUAUGCCAAGAAAGAAUGGAGCAAAUAGAAUGUUCGCAUUAUGUGGAAUGUGAUGCUUGUCUUUCCAAUUCUCUGUGUAACUGGUGCUCUUUAUCAGCCGUGUGUGUGCCAUAUAAUAUGACAACUCUGUGUUCAAAUGAAAAUUCUGUGACGAAUUCGAGCAUGUGUAAGCGACCAUGUGCUGUGUUUCGCGAUUAUUCACAUUGUUCUCAAUCUGUUGAAUGUUCAUGGAGUGGUAAAGAGUGUUUAGAAUCGACAUCUGCUGUUCAAUCAGCUCUGAGCUGUUCACGCUUUUCAACAUGUGUCACUUGUGCACGUGAUUUGUCUUCAUGCUUGUGGUGCCCCUCACAACGCCUAUGUAUUAACGAUUCAAUAUACAGCAUGUCUUUUCCGUAUGGUCAGUGUCUAGAGUGGCUUUCUUCACCUCGAGGUUCUGACUGUCCAAAUUCAUGUUCUGAUUACGUAUCAUGUGAUGACUGUCAAUAUGACAUAUCAUGUGGAUGGUGUGAAGAUGGAUCUAAUACUGGAAAAGGCCAUUGCUUCUAUGGUGGUUUGCAGCAUCCAGGGGCACCACCCCCAGCAAGUCAGUUUGUGCUACCUAGCUAUGAUUUUGUGCCUGUGGAAGUUCCUACAACAGAAUAUGUGCCAACCAAUAUGACUGUUACAACUUCUACACCCAGUUGGACUAGCACUGAGAGACCUACUGUAGUUGAAAAUGCAACAGAGUUGUCAUAUACUUGUACAGAUGAGCUGUGGUACUUUACUUCUUGUCCAGCAUGUCAAUGUAAUGGUCACAGCACGUGUGUUAAUGGGUCAGUUUGUUUCAACUGCUCUGGCCACACGGAAGGAGACCACUGUGAACGUUGUUCUCAUUAUUAUUACGGAGAUGCAAGAAAUGGAGGAGAAUGCAAACAAUGUGUCUGUAAUGGUCAUGCUGAUGACUGUGACCAUCGGACUGGUCAGUGUGCUUGUAAAGCCAGAGGACUUGGUGGCACUGAAUGUGAAAGGUGUGAUUCUCAACAACAUUAUAUUGGCAAUGGUGUGAAUGGUAGUUUCUGCUAUUACAAGUUGUUGUCUGGAUAUCAUUAUACAUUCAAUAUUACACUUAAUCAUGUAAAUUCAUCUCAUUAUGCAUCUCAACCCGGGAAGGAUGGUGACUUUUAUGUUUUCUUCAGUAAUGGCUCUAAGUACAAAGAUAACACAGAAGUGAAGGUUACUGUAUCUUAUGCUGAAAAUGGUGAUUCUAAGGAUGCCAUUCUUAUUACUAACUGGACAAAUCCUGUGGAUGUGAAGUUUAUCUUGGACUCUGGAGACUAUGAUUUGGACAAAGAUACAAUGACAGUGUUUGUUAACAUUGAAGGAUUUAAACCACCAUUUUUAUUUACGCUGGGCUUUGCAACUCCACAGCCAGAUCUUAACUUGCCAAGAUUUUUUGUUACCUUCUUUGGGUGUUUCACCUCAAUGCUGCUGAUGGCUGCUUUGGUAUGGAAGAUCAAGCAGAAAUGGGAGUCAUUUGUCACAAACAGGGCCCGAGUGCAAGAAAUGGCUAUGAGGGCUGCUCGCCCAUUUGCUGCUGUCAUGUUGAUUAUGGAUUUUCACACAACUACUGAAGAAAUUAACAGGCAACGACGGGCUGGACGUCGCUUGAAGGUUGCUCCUGUUGCAUCUGAAAUGUGUGCUAACCGUCGAUCAACCAUUGCAACAGUUUUAGUUCGCCUUCCUGGUUGUGAAAAUGGAGUACCUGCUGUUGGUCAAUCAGCCGUCUGCUUUGGAAGCUGUCUAGCAUCUGUAUCAAACCAGCAGACUCAGACCAAAGCAAGCAAUGUGAAAGGACAUGGCAAUAAAAGAACAGGGAGUGGUUCACGGUAGCAUAUUGUAUUCUUUUAGUGCUAUAGAUACAAUGGACUAAUGCUAAGUGAUUGUAGAAACUUGGGUAGAUGUAGAACAUUCCCGGUAUUUUUGCAUUAGUCUUUAAUACUAUAUGACUGUCCUUGCUGGUAACAG